AUUACCGGCAGUCAAGGAAGCACAUAAGUGGCGGUGCGACGCACAACGCUAGCUGUCGUUCGCGAUUCAACAUGAGCAUAAUCGUGCUUGCCUGUAUUCUUGGUGCGUCCGUUCUUGGUCGGGCAUAUGGCUUGGCGGGCGCUGUUUACGAGGCCAACAACUACCUGGACACGGUGCUGGGCGUGGUACUGCCAUUGCAAGUGAAUGCUGCCAACAUGACCAUGGUCCUGCUUCCGGGAUUCGCUGUGCACUACAGCGACGAGACGAGAGCGCUGAACGUGAGCUUCGACAGCGGCGUGCUCUUCGGCUUCGGAAAGCACUGGCAACGCCGAGGAGACUGCCAGGCUGCUCAAUGGCGCAACGAGAAUAUCACCACCAUUUGCCACGCAACACUGGAUGGCAUGAUGCUCCUGCUUGAUGGCACAGUCAAGGACGGCAACUCCACCGUCGGUGAAAACGUUACCAUUAUACUGGUUGUUCGGAACUCGUUAGCUCGGAUCUCUCCAACUGAAAGAAAGAAAGGGUACGCUGUACACCUGGAUCUGUCGCUGGAACAACUUUCGCUGGCUGUCGUGCCCAUGCGUGCCCUGACGCCGCUACCUGGAGUCCCGGAGGCCGUCCUCAAGGAAGAGCUCAACCAGGGAGCCUCAGCCAUCCUGAAGCGCUUCAUCGAGACAGAGGCUCGGCAGGGCGUGCUCAGGCACGCUUUCUCCCUCAUCCACCUUCCUCUGCCGCAACAAUAAAUGCCAUGGCAAAGGCUCUCCAGCCUGCGCCGCAAAA